UCCAAGAUGGCGGGCUGCAGGCGGAGGCGUCCCGGGGCCGGCGCCCGGCCGCUGCUGUGCGCCCUGCUGCUGGCGCUCAGCCGCUCGGCGGGGGGCGACGGCGCGGGGGGCGACCCCGCGCCCGCGCCGCCGCAUCGCCGCUUCGAGUACAAGUACAGCUUCAAGGGGCCGCACCUGGUGCAGAGCGACGGGACCGUGCCCUUCUGGGCCCACGCGGGGAAUGCUAUUCCAAGUUCAGAUCAGAUUCGAAUAGCACCAUCUUUAAAAAGCCAAAAGGGAUCAGUGUGGACAAAGACAAAAGCAGCCUUUGAGAACUGGGAGGUGGAGGUGACGUUCCGAGUGACCGGAAGAGGCCGGAUCGGAGCAGACGGCCUGGCACUGUGGUACACGGCAAGCCAAGGCUUGGAUGGGCCCGUCUUCGGCGCAGCAGACAUGUGGAACGGCGUUGGCGUAUUCUUCGACUCUUUUGACAAUGAUGGCAAGAAAAAUAAUCCUGCUAUAGUAAUUAUAGGCAACAAUGGACAGUUCCAUUAUGAUCAUCAAAAUGACGGUGCCAGUCAGGCCCUAGCAAGUUGCCAGAGGGACUUUCGAAACAAACCCUAUCCUGUGCGGGCCAAGAUCACGUAUUACCAGAAAACCCUGACGGUGAUGAUCAACAACGGCUUCACGCCAGACAAGAACGAUUACGAAUUUUGUGCCAAGGUGGAAAAUAUGGUCGUCCCGGCACAAGGGCACUUUGGAAUCUCUGCUGCCACGGGGGGUCUUGCAGAUGACCACGAUGUCCUUUCUUUCCUGACUUUCCAACUGACGGAGCCUGGGAAGGAGCCGCCUACGGCAGAUAAAGAAAUUUCAGAGAAAGAGAAGGAAAAGUACCAGGAGGAAUUCGAGCACUUCCAGCAGGAGUUGGAUAAAAAGAAGGAGGAGUUCCAGAAGGACCACCCGGACCUGCAGGGCCAGCCCGCAGAGGAAAUAUUCGAGUCCGUGGGAGACCGGGAGCUCAGGCAAGUCUUUGAAGGACAGAAUCGGAUUCACCUUGAGAUCAAGCAGCUGAACCGGCAGCUGGACAUGAUUCUCGACGAGCAGAGAAGAUACGUCUCUUCCCUGACAGAGGAGAUCUCCAAGAGAGGAACAGUCGCGGGGCAGCCUGGCCAGCUCUCUCAGCAGAACCUGGACACUAUUGUCAACACUCAGCAUGAGAUUCUGAGACAAGUCAAUGAAAUUAAGAAUUCCAUGAGCGAGACGGUCAGGCUGGUGAGCGGCGUCCAGCACCCCGGGUCCGCGGGGGCCGUGUACGAGAGCACACAGCACUUCAAUGACAUCAAGGAGCACCUCCACGUCGUGAAACGGGACAUCGACCACCUGGUGCAGCGCUCAGCGCCAGCAAAUGAAAGGCCCAAAUGCCCGGAACUUCCACCGUUUCCAUCCUGUUUGUCAACGAUGCACUUUGUCAUUUUUGUAGUGGUACAGACGAUGUUAUUCAUUGGUUAUAUCAUGUAUAGGACUCAGCAAGAAGCAGCUGCCAAAAAAUUCUUUUGACCACAGUUUUCAUAAUGUGUACCACGUAUGUAUGUACAAAAUGUCUUGUGAGGGAAUUGAAGUAUCUAAAUGGCUUCAUAGUCUAAAUUAUUACAUCUUGUAUAAAAUAACUGUUGAAACACUGAUUUGAAGUAAGAAUAAACCUUAAAGACAACCACAUGUAAAUUUGUGUAUAGUACAUAAAUGUAUUUAAAUGUAAGUGAAUUUCCGGCCAGUAGAAUUCAGCCAUUGAAAAUAAUAUUGAUAAAGAAAACAGUGAGGGCAGCCCUUGGCUGUCAGAGGUCAUCCAGCUCACAGGGGUGGGCGGUUUCUACUUAACAGGAGCACGCUCGCCGUCUGGCCCCUGGAAGUGUGAUGUCUAGUCCAGAACCCCCAUCAGAGUGUCUUUCAAAGGUCAGGGUUUCCUGCUCUUCCCGUCUGAAACCUGAGACUGUUUUGCCUGGGAGCCGCAGGCUGUGGAGAAUUCUUCUUCAGGUUCCUGGGCGCAUUUCCCCCUCCCUGGUCAUCAGUGCUGUAUUUCACUUGUGAAGGAAUUGUGGGGAGGAAGCUUCGAGCUGCUCCUCGCCUGAGAAACCUUUCCGGCGUUCCUCUGAGAAAGGCUUUUCUGGGCGCUGUGCUCUCUGCCCUGUGCGGGUCUCCCAGCCUCGGGUGUCCUGGUUCCAGCAGGUCUAUUCAGGACCUGGGAAACCACUUUCGAGUGCGUCUUUGCAAGCCUGUUUCUCCCGCCUGAGCAUCACACCAGUUCUCAGAGCGUGUGUUCUGAGGGGGCAUUGCAGCCUUCCACGGGUCCCUCCUUCAUUUCCUGUCGCCUCAGCCUGUGACUGCAGCUGUCAGCAUCAAAGAGGCAAUAGUCAAAGCAGCAUUAAAAACGUUGAAGGCAGAAUUUGAUACAUAAGGUCAGGACUUUGAACUUCUCUCAAUGCCCGAAGGAAGGAAGCUGUGCAGUGCGUGCUGGUCAGCUUGGCCUGUGGUGUCCAGCUGGAGGACCGGCUGCCGUCCUUGUGUGGCGUGUCAGAAAGCCGGGCUCGGAGUGCCAUUCCUUAGUAAGUACAGCUCCGCUGGUCGGCACCGUUGCUGCGGAUUCCUUCAUGCUGGCUACAAGGUGCUCUUUCAGCUGACGUGGUCGUCUUCCAUUGCCUAGAGUCCAGAAUGAUGUCUUUUUCCAUAAACUGUUCUCCCACGCCUUCCUAAGUUUGCUCUCCGAUACCCUUUACAGAUUGAGCUAACUGCAGCCUGUGCAGACUCUGCUCACCCCCGGGAACUUCGGGCGCACGCUGUCCUGCUUGGACCCGUAGAGAACGCCUCAAAAUGUCACCUCUGCCAUGCUGACAUUUGGAGGCUCGUGUUUCAGAGACAACAACAUCACCACAGAGUUUACUCUUUUCGGGGGGAGGAAGCCAGGGGCCGGGGGCGGGGGGGUCACCUUCAGAGCACUGUGUGAACUCAGGCUGCGAAACUUAGGAAAUGCUCCCGCUGUAAGAGGCUGCACAUCCCCGCGGUAGAGCCGGUCAUGGUGGCACUGACGGAGGCGGCAGAGCUGUGCCGUGGGCGAGGUGCAGGCUAGUUCGGGGGCCCGAUGCGUGUGGAGGCAGCAGUUGGGAAGGAGCACACACCCCGAGCUCUCCUCUUCACUCGGGCAGAAGAAGAAGUUUGCACGGGGUGGGGUUGAGCAUAGGCUUCGGAGUUCUGUUUCUUUUCCUCAGAAUCAUUGACUUGCCCUUCAUUUUGAAAGAAUAAUGUUCGUUCUGUGGAAAAAUCAAAUCACUGCCAGAAUUCUGCCGUUCCUACACUCUUUCUAUGAUCGAAUUUGUUAACUUUCCUCACACCAGCAAGUAUUCUACGGGUGCCUUGGAUUACAACAGAAAUUGAUUUUAAAUCUUUAGUGUAAGUCACCGUGUGUAUGAUGCCAACUUUCAAGAAAAAUGUAAUUACCUAGUGGCUAAUAUGGUUCUCUAAUGUACCUAUUUGUGUUCUAAUUGUUUUAAGUGUUUUAGGCAGUUUAAAACUUCACUCUGAAGCCACACACCGUGAACCGUAUGUGUUGCUUUGUACUGGAGGAAUCGGUUUCUCUCGGUGAAGGGUUGUUAAGCAUUCGGGUUCCAGGGGCCAGAUAAAACAGCAGAGGGGAUGUCUGCCUUGCACACAGCUGGCCCGGGUUUGACCCCUGCAUCCCUUAGGGUCCCCCGAGCACUGUCGAGUGAUCCCUGAGUGCAGUGCAGAGCCCGGAGUGGGCCCUGGACACCGCCUGGGUGGCCCCAAAACAAGAACGAAGAACACAGGUUCCGGGGUGCCAUCGCAUACUGCCUGAUCAGAGCUCAGACGGGGACGUGUUGGGGGCUUCAGAAUGCCUACGUCUGCGGGGCGCCGGGGAGCCCCAGGCUGUUUGGAGAACUACUGAGAUGAGGGGGUGAAGAAAAGAAGGGUUUUGUGUUGGCGUCACGCCAAGCUGAGAGCGUAGUGAAGAGCGUCACUCGCUACAGAGGACACCGACGGCCCCGCUCACGGUACGUUCCGAGUUCCUUGGGCGAGACUCCGGCUUCCUCAGCGACUGCAGACAAACCUAGAUCCUCCACCUGUAGUUCCUGGGAAUCCAGCUGAUGGCUUGAGACUGACAGACUCCAGCUUGUGGCCCUGAAACAACGCCCAUCUGACAACACCCAUCUCCAGGCCUGCUUCCCUGAUGGGGACUCUGGUGACAUUUUUAUCUCAGACACUUGUACUUUUUGAUAACUCGGGGAAAACAAAUUACUUGAAUAAGGGAUCGCCUGACACACCGCAUUGCAGAAAUACAAUCUUUAUAUGUAACAAAACAAAUACUAAUUGUGAAUAUCCAGACGUGAUGAUCUUUUCCUGUCUGCGUGCUCAUUGCAAGCCGGUGGUAAACAAAUAAUUCUGUUGAAGAUGCUUUUAUUUAUGGGAGCUAAUGUAAAAUCACCACUUGCAACUUUUCAGAUCUGUAUGUUGCCUGUUUAGUAUAAUUCUUUUAAGUCUAAAAGUUUUCUAGCCAUCGUUUAUUUCAGUUUGAUAACAUUUUUGUCAAGUAUUGUUGCUUUUUGUUUCUGGUUGUCACUUGAUGCUAGAUGAAAUUUAAAAAAUGACAUUGACCUAUUCAAAUAAAGAAAUAUUUUAGUAAA